AUGACUACAGUUCCCGACGGAGGCCAUCUGAAGAUCCUCGUCCUGGGCAUGCCCCGGACUGGAACCCAAUCCCUCGCAGACGCGUUAGCCGAGCUCGGGCAGGGUCCGAUCUACCACAUGCGCGAUGUGAGCAAGAACAACCAUCAAGGCCAGUGGAUCACUGCCCUGGAGGCUAAAUUUGAGGGGCGCGGUAACCCUUUUGGACGAAAGGAGUUUGAGGGCUUCUUGGGUGACUUCGCAGGUGUGUCGGACUUCCCGGCAGCCAUUUUCGCAGACGAAUUGAUCGCGGCGUUUCCCGAGGCCAAGAUCAUCCUUACGGUGCGGGAUGAAGACAAAUGGUUCGAUUCCAUCAUGGCGACCCUGUGGCAUGCGUGGAGUGCGCCCGAUGCUCCCAAGGGCACGCCUAUGAGGCAAUUGGCAGACAAGUACCAUCGCCAUAUGUGGCAGAAUGACUUUCCCCUAUAUGGGAGGGAGAGGUACCGGACACACAAUGCUCAUGUCCGGGCGAUUGCGCCGAAGAAUAGGCUGCUGGUGUACGAGGCUAAGGACGGAUGGGAGCCCCUUUGCGCGUUUUUGGGACUGGAUGUACCUGCAACCCCCUUUCCGAGACAGGAUGAUUGGUUGGAGUAUAAGCAGGCUCAUGGGGAGGCUUGA